AAGUCAAGUCUUUACAUGGCACCAAGUCAAUGAGGAAGGGACAGUGGUAAAGUCUUCUAUCUUGGGCCUCACUUGAAGCUUGUUUCCUUUUCUUGAAGUCUUUGUCAUAAAGUUCCAAAUCAGCAUUAUAGAUAACCAGAUUAUAAGGUUGAUAUAGCAGAAGGAACCAUAGCACCCCUCUUUCCCAGCUUUCUUGCUUUUUAGUACCAUAUAGAGUACAUGAUAUGGCUCCUACUUUCUUGUUUCUGUGUUGUUUAAUAAUCUUUCACCAAGCUCAAGCAGAAGGUAACUCCGAAUCCAACUGCUUCGAGGAAUUCGAGUGUGGAAGCCUCGGAGUUAUGAAGUUUCCUUUCACAGAUUCCAGCAAACCUGAGUGCGGAUUGUGCAAGUUUGAUUGUCAAGCUAAACCAUAUCCAAAGAUUGAACUUGGUGGAGACAAAUAUGAUGCUUUAGUCAAGAGGGGUGAUUUUUUCCUGAUUUCAGAUCCUAACCUUCAGAAGCACUUAGAAAACAAAAGUUGCAAGUCUUUUUAUAAAAAAUUCUCAUUUCCAAACUCCCCUUUGAUUUCUUUCCAAAUUGUUCCUAACUUAACCUUGUACAGAUGCAAUCAUAGUCAUGACGACAAUAGCCAAAAGACAACUGAUUCUUUUUUCCAAGAUUUUGAUAGAUACAAUAAGUGUAAAGAUUUUAAUGUUUACUAUCACCAUCCCAAAAAAGCAUGGGGAAAUACUAGUGCUAAGAUAAGUGGCAAAUUUCCAAAGCUCUGUUCACUGGUACAAUUGCCAAUUCCAUUGCCUACACCAUCUAAAUCAUAUUCCAGUGACUUGUUUGAACUGUUUACUCCUAGUAUUCUUCUAGACUGGGAGUUGUCUAAAGAUUGUCAUGACUGUCUUGACAAAGGAGGGAAAUGUCUGAUCGGCGACGAACACAACUUUCAUUGUUCCAAAGGAACAUCAAAAAGGGGUCACCUUCGGGCAACCUGGUUCGUAGUAGCCACAGGUGCAGUUUUGUUUACAGUUGGACUGUUGGUUCUACUCGUCUGCUUCGGAGACAAGAUUUUGGGGCACAAAUACAUCAAGUUUUGGGAAUAUUAUGCUGAGGAUCACCAAAAGAUCGAAGCAUUCUUAAAGAACUAUGGGUCAUACACUCCAAAAAGAUACAACUAUUCAGAAGUCAAAAGAAUCACUGGUCGCUUCAAAAACAAACUAGGUCAAGGAGGAUAUGGUUAUGUGUACAAAGGAACUCUGCAUAACGGAAGUGAUGUGGCUGUAAAGGUCCUGAAUCAACUAAAAGGCAAUGGUGAAGAGUUCAUUAACGAGGUGGCAAGUAUUAGCAGGACAUCACAUGUUAAUAUCGUGAGCCUUGUGGGAUUCUGUUUUGAGGGUCCUAAAAGAGCUCUCAUUUAUGAAUUCAUGCCAAAUGGAUCUCUUGAAAAGUUUAUCUAUGAAGAAAGAUCUGACAGAGUUCGCCAAUUGGGUUGGCCAACAUUAUACAAAAUCGCACUAGGCAUAGCUCGAGGAUUGGAGUACUUGCAUCGUGGUUGUAACACAAGAAUUUUGCAUUUUGAUAUAAAGCCUCAUAAUAUCCUACUUGAUGAAAAUUUUUGUCCUAAAAUCUCUGAUUUUGGUCUUGCCAAACUGUGCAUGAAACAGGAGAGUAUUGUGUCAAUGCUAGGUGCACGAGGGACUAUCGGUUAUAUUGCUCCAGAAAUUGUUUGCAGAAACUUGGGAGGUGUCUCUCACAAGUCUGACGUCUAUAGCUACGGAAUGAUGGUCCUAGAGAUGGUUGGAGGAAGAAAAAAUGUUGAUGUUGGAGUUGAUCGCACGAGUGAAAUCUACUUUCCACAUUGGAUCUAUCGACGUAUUGAACUGGACGAAGAGCUUCAACUAAUUGGAAUAAUGAAUGAAGAGGAGAAAGAAUGUGCAAGAAAGAUGGUAAUGAUGAGCUUAUGGUGCAUACAGACUGAUCCCUCAAAUCGACCAUCCAUGAGCAAUGUUGUGGAAAUGUUAGAAGGAAACCAAGACUCUAUGCAAAUUCCUACCAAGCCUUACUUAUAUUCUCCCGCAAGAUCAAAGGUAGAUUCAUCAACUGUACAACUGGCCUAGUCUUAUUUGUUCAUAUAUCAGCUGUUAUUUCUGUAGUCUUAUUUUGUUGUGAACUUUUAGUAAAAACUGGUACUGAUGCCUCUAUUUUUCUUUGAUGAAUUUAUUACUCCCUCUAUUCAAUUUUAUAUGACACGCUUUCCUU